AAAAGUCCAAUUUUUUCAUCUAUUUCAGAGCAGUUAUGGUUCUUACUAAAUUUCAUCCCUUUAUUCGCACACCCCUCACUGAUUUGGGUGCACACAUGUUCACCCAUCAGUCUGGCACCACAUGCUGUGACUUUGAAAUGAGGAUGGUUGAGUGUGUUGAAGCCUAUGGUAUUGGCCAAGCUGAAGCAAAAUGUAAAGAUUAUUUUGAUGACCUCGCAGAGUGCAUGUUGUCUACCAAAGCUUGGAACCGACACAAGGCAAUGGAGCGGGAGCGCAAGCGGCAGGUUGCCGCUGGGGAGCUCAACAAAGAAGAUCGCUACCCAGUGCAGUCAAGAGUAGACGGCUACUGAUCAUCAUCUUUUUGCUUGGAAUUUCAUUUUCCACCACAUUGGCACUGGUCAAAUUCAAUUAGAUGUUUACAUUAAUUUGUUGCACAUCUGGAACAUGUCAGCUGCCUCAGAUUUUUGAGAAUCAAGCGUUUGAGAACUAUUAGGUUCCUUUGUAAGUGCAAUGCAAAGAAUACAGUGUAAUUAGUCACAUUCGUAGGGCUAUUAUUGUCGGUGGACAGUUAAAUUUUGUAAAUAAUACUAUUUCACCAUUAUAACGUAUAAUAUCUCGUUUAAAUACCAUUUUCCGUAACAGCCGUGAAAUUUGUUUUUGAAAAUUGCGUUCUUCAAUAAAGCUUUAUAUGUAUGAGUCA